UAAAAAUCCAUUCAUCCGGUUACAGAUUUGGGAUUCUUCGAGGACGCAGGAGUUGUUGGCGCAACAUGAGUGGUAAGAUACCAACUGAAGACGUGCCGGACCAUCCGCUUCUAAGACGGAAUGUUUAUUGGACCCCAUGGCCACGUCUGGCAAAACUUGUACCCAAUGAAAGGGUUCGAGUUAUUGGAGGUGUUCUGACCAUUAUGGCUUUAAGUGGCGUGAUAUUUUAUACCAAUUUACAAUUCCGGAGACCUGUGCGUACCUUGAGUCCUGAGUGGAUUGAAGCGGAACGUCGCAAGGAGUUUGCAAAGGAACGAGAGUCGGGACCCCCUGUAGAACUUGAUCCCAUCUUACACAGACGUGGUUAUCACCACUGAAUAUUUCUUCUGCGAAGUUAGUGGUGCUUAAACACAAAAGUUGCUCAUAUUUGUUGUGUGAUAAAAAGUAAAAAUUUGACUCUGAAAAUAAUGUAUUU